AUGACGGAAGUCUCACCCUCAUCCAAGAAAGUAGAUGAUUUCCUAUCAAGUCUAUCGCAAUUGUCCCAGGAAAGACUUAAAGAGGAUCGCCAAAGACAAAGAAAUUUGCAACGUAACAUUGAUGAAUUACGAUCAAGGCUGAACAGUGCCUCACCUGUCAAAAAUGAUAGUAAUUACCGAUCGUCUAGUACUAGAUCACUGUACCAGGUGUCUGCACCAAACCUCAAGUUUAAUAGGUCAAAAAAUAUAAGAGAUGACGAGGUUGCUCCUCCGUUGCCAAAAAGGCGAGACAUGAAAGAGGAAGAGGAGGAUGAACCGCCGGCUUUACCUAGUAGAUCAAAGAUUGCUGAGGAGACACCACCAAGGCUUCCAACACGAAAGUAUCAAGAUUCCAUUGGUUUGUUGCAACCAGUAGCCAGAAAGCAAGCACCUGCCAAACCACUGAAGCCAAAAGCGGUCUAUGAUAAACCUGAGGUGCUCCCAUCUAACAAUACCGAACCUGGGGGGCAUAGAUCUUUCCGUGAUAUUGAAAAUUUAAUCAAGUCUGGAAAGGCCAGUACAAAGACACUUGAAAGUGCCUCAGAGCAGUUACAAGAACACAAAUCAAAACCCGCCAAACCUGACUGGCUUUCUUCAUUGUCCUCGUCGAAAUCAACAGUGCGUACGAAGCAGCAGUCACCUUCUUCCUCGUCAGCACCUACAUCAGCAAUCACACCAACGAAACCAAAACCAAAUAGUUGGAUAGAUAGUGCGGUUAGCAAGUCACCAGAGUCGAAACCUAAAACAAAGGCUCCUCUUGUCAAACCAAAUAAACCCAAACAUUUGGAACUUCAUUGUGAAGCAGAAACAACAAAUAAUCUGGAGCCUGAAUUUAUGUCUCAGUUUCUGAAAUUGAAGAAGCCACAAUUGAUACCACAGAAGGAGCCACCGGUGGUGAAGCCCAAACCAAAUAUCAACACUGUACAUGAACCACCAGCAGAAUUCCAAGCAAAAUUCAACUCGAUUGCUAGAUCAUCUCCAACGAAACUAAAGGAAAAGGCAGUAAAUUAUGAGGAGAAUGAUGCUCUUGAGUUGAGAUCAAAGUUGAAGAAAAUGGCACCCGCCAAGCCAGCAAAGCCUAAAUUUAACACUUCUACAUAUGAGCAAAAGGACAGUGAGGAAUUGCGGGCACAGUUGGACAAAUUGGCACAUAAGAAACCUCCUAAGAAGCCAAUAAAGAAAGCUGCCACUGAGGAAUUCAAGUCCAGUUUAAACAAGCGGGACCCCGAACCAACCAUAAAUCGUGCUCCAGAUGAUUUAUCCUUUGAGGACAAAUUAGGUGCCCUAUUGUCACAAGCACCUGUUUUGGUUAAGGCCCUGACAUUUCCUCAAACAGAAACUGCAAAGACUAAAACUACUCGCAAACAAGCUAGUAGUAAGACGUUAACUCAUGCUACAAAGAGUAGGGCUAAAGGUCCAAAACGGAAAUUACCCAAGAAUAUGCAAAGCGGGGGAGGUGCUUCCAAGAGUGUCAACAAAAUUGAUCUGAAAAACGUGUCGAAGGAUAAGGGGCUUGGAGCAGAGGAAGAGCAAGAACUGAAACCCCAAGAAGAAAGUAGAGCACCAAUAGUUAAGAAACCGCCCCCUAUCAAGCAAAAGCCACAGGAAAUUAAAGUCAAACCAAGAGUAAUAAGCGGAGAGUUGUUUAUUUAA